UUAGUUUGGACCUUAUUCUACAACGAAGGAUCGAAGGACAUGCGUCUCGCCAUUGGUCGGCCUCACGGGUAUCGAUCGACAGCUCUGAAAGUGUUCACAGCCACGAACAUGCAUAUUGUGAAGCGCGAGAUUGAGAAGGCCUUCCCCGCAAUCAAAAAAGCAGGAGAGGGCCACUUUAAACACUACCCGAAGUACAAGUCCAAGUGUUUUAACGCGUUGACGAAGGACGAGAAGGGUGUCUACGCGACUCUGGCCGCACAGUGGAAUGAAGACGGACCUUCCCCGGAGGUGAAGGCAAAGUACUCUCCGCGCGACCAACAAGUCUUUGCCUGCGCUGAUCUCUCUGUUAGAAAUGCGAGGCGCAAUCUUGCUCGUUACAUGAAGCGAGUUCAGUUUGAUUAUGGGGUAAUCAUCACAUGCGGCACGCCCGGCACCGACAGCAAGCCGAAAGUGUGGGACUACCUUCGCGAGCUUAACUUCUCCACGGAACGGCUGGCAGAGUAUAUCGACUGGUCACCAGUUCUGGUACGGGUUGAGGAGUUCACCACCAAGUCGUACACGGCUUUCCUGGCGAAUAAAGCGGUAGAACCCCCGGCACCCGCGGUUCCACGAGACGCGCUUCCUCUAAAGAAAAAGCUCAGGCCCAGUGACCCAAGCGGGGUAACUUUUACUAUCGACACGGACAAUCAUCGCGUCCGGCUGCCGCAAUCCGAGUAUGCCGCGAAUCCCGAGUUCUUCAUGCAACGAGAGGGUCCACUAUACACGCAGUGUAUGCGCAUGGCUUUUCAGCUUGCGACUAAUAGGGAGGGCAAAGUCAUGAUUCCGUGGAAAGACAUUCAACGCGAUCCCCACCAUUUCCUUCCUGAUGAGCUCAUCCUGGACGGCGUCGUGUUCAACGACCCGUCACAUACCGCUGCAGCGCAUCACAUCAAAUGUGUUGAUCUAUGGUUAUCAACAGGCUAUAUCUACGUCAAAAACGUGAAGAUGGGGCGAGAAACGAUUGCCGCGCUGGAGGGCACGGCCGAUCCUGCCGGACCUGCCGAUGCCCUGUCCGUCAUCCCCAGUAUAGUCGUCAAUCGAUAUGGAAGCUGUGGACAGGAAGUACUACUUGCCACCGGUAUAACGCUUUAUGAUGACGGUAUUGAGGACGUUAUUGGCUCUGAAGUAAUGGGAGAUAUGCUCAUCGAUCCAGCCGAACUUCAGCGUGGGGAGGAUGAAGAACACUCGCAUCUAGCGCCUUGUACUGUGCCAGAGACGUCAGAGGCACGUGCGCAGUACAUUCUAACUGCACUGCAGCUGGUAAAGCCUGGGAAAGAUCGCAAUCUUGCCGUGCAAUGCGUACAAGAGCUCGUGAUAAUGGCGUGGAACCCACGAGACGCGUCGACAGAUGAACAGAUAGAGGCAUCAUGUGGGGAUCAGUAUAUUGCGCCGGAUGCUAUCUCAUGGGACGCCGAUAGCCCCUUGCUACGCGAUGACGACGCACUGGCCGUACGCAUGUGGUUAGGAUCACGUCCUUACGAUCAUUCCGGAUUUUUAGGGUGGAGCCAGGGCUGGAAAUACCUACUCGGCAUGCUCAUGUUUUUGGUCAGUGAGACGUCACGCACGAUCAAUGUCCAUGAGCUGAAAGAGAGCCGGCAGUGGGCUGUCAUCAUGGAUGCCAUUCCAGACAAUUCCGGCACCUGGGACACGGUCUUGGGUCGGCAGGUGCUUUCCGACGACUUCGAGCACUUUUAUGAGGCUGUUCGCGUCCUCAACACACGGACACGCUGGCCUGGUACACCUCCGUCCUGCCGCUAUCGCUUUGCCACCAGCCGGUGCGGAUAUAUAACUCGCAUUUUCUCAGUGGAAGGGGUAGUGGAUUUGGCGCAUCUCAUUACCUUGAUGCCGGCACCCAUUGAUGAGGACGCUCCUCUGGGUACUGCCCGCACAUGGGGUAGCUGGGAGUGGGGUCGAUGCGGACUUCCUAGUGGCAUGCAUAAGGGCACAGACAAAGCCUCUAUGCAGGAUCUGAAGGACUCCUGGACGUCAGAUGCCGUGUUUUUCACGUCCUCUGGCCAACUGAAAGACAGAGAAGAGGGCCUGCUGAUCCUUCUGCAGUGGGCUCUGGCAUACUCGGACUUCGCUCAUAUGUGUUCGCUUCCAGUCGAGCAGCAGCCUUGA